UUGAUGACAAUAAUAUUGUCAGGUGUGAACAAAUUGGGCAUUGUGGUUACUCGUGUCUAAAGAGAAAAUAGUCACUAAAUAACGCAUGGAAAUUUUGCAAUUUAAAGAAUAUUAAUCUUGCUAGGCAGGAAUAAUAGCGACGUUAACAAAGACAAUUAAAUGCGUAUUUAGCGUAGCGUAAAGUGACACGUCAAACAUUCACAACUAUCUAAAAAUUUGACAUUAAAACUAAUCAGUUUUAUCAAAAUGAUGUCCAUGGAAUAUUUCUGGAAAGGUCGAAACGAAAAAUAUAAGAUUCUAAAGCCUUUCUGGGAUAUUAUAACAGAUUAUUUAGUGAUACUUUUGGCAAUGUUAUCUGUUGCUGUUGCUGGUAUGGAGAUAACAUCUGGCAGUUUUGAAUGUGUAGCAGUUGUUGACUGUCCUCAUGUAACAAAGUCAAAUUUGAAUGUAACUUGGCCUCAAGCACACCUAAAAUUUCCCGACAUAUGUGCAAACUUCUACCUUUCUCAAAAUUCAAAUUUUGUGGCAAGAACGGAAGUCGUUACAGAUCAUAAAGUCAACAUUAUAUACAAAAGUUUUGUCAAUUCAGAAUGCAGUAAAAGCGCAAUUCCAAACUUUUUGUCCUAUUUGUGGUUCAUAUUGUUCGUCGAAGCAUUGUGGCUACUGGUUCUUAACGAUUUCUGGUUGAAGCUUCCUUUAACUUCAUUGGUAAUUAAAACAUUUGUUGAUCUCGUGAUGGCGUGUUACGAUUCGCCAUGUUCAAAUUUUGCCGUUACACGUGCACUGUUCCAGCAAAAUUCCAAUGAAAACCAAAGCUACGUCUGCCUCGCCAUGGAAGAUAAUUCCGACUUGACCGAUCAAACUUACAAUUUUGAUUUCCUUCCAGACACUACCUCCACAAGUGCAAUGAUGGGUUUGUAUGAAAAAGUGGAAAAACUAAAAGUAAACAUCUCAACAUCUCAUCCCAAUAUAAAUAUUUCAAAAAUCUACACUUUCAAAAGUUUGUUACAACCUAUUUCAGCAAUAAUAUUUCUCAUUAUUAAUUGUUAUUUCUUGAUUAAAGAUUUAAAAGCGGACACAAUGAUGUGUACACUUACCCAACACAUUCCCAUCCAACACGAUUAUUUCUUAUGCUCACAUGGUUUAGCUCGAGCUCUGUUUUGUAUUGUUUGCAUUUAUAACUUUGAUUUAUUACUGAAUUUAGUAAUAUUUUUUUCAACAGCUGUUUGGAAUUUCCGUUUGCGUAAUAAAACAUAUAAAUAUGAUUUUAAGAAAAAAAUACCGGAGCAAAUUGCUGAGAAGUUAUCUGAUAUACAUUCAGUAAAGGGAGAUCUAGGUUUUCUCCUACAUUAUUUGCAUUCGUACAACAAAAUGUUCGUCAUAAUGUUCGCACAUUUGCUUUCCAAAAAAUACAAGAAGAAAUUUGUGCCACAUGCAUUGAAAAUGAAAUUUCCUGUUGCAGAUUUAAAAACCAGAUUAGAAGAAGAAAAUGAAUUAUCUUUUAGUAAACUUGGAGGAAUUCCUCCAACGAUUUUCUAUCAGAGUGUUUGCGAUAAAAUUUUGACACUCAAAUUUACUGAGUGCCAUCUUGAACACGAUGAUUUUGAGGACUUUAAAAAGCUUACCCAACUUACAUCUUUAUCCAUUCUAAAGUGUGGUCUGGAAUCUAUUCCGAAAGGAGUGCUUAAUUUGACAAACCUUGAAGAACUUCGUCUUGAUGGAAACUUCAUAGAGGAGAUUACUGCUGGCAUUGCAAAAUUGGAAAAUCUAUCCAUCUUAUCUUUAAGAAAAAACCAACUUAAGAAAAUUGAUCCUGGCUCAUUAAGCAAAAUAAAAAGUCUCCGCUCGCUUGAAACUUACGGCAAUCCUGAUUUGGAACAGCAAGCUCUACGUGAUGAAUUUGGCAAACUUGGGUUGUCAUACUCAAUUCGUGAAAAGUACUACAGGGUGAGAAAUAAGAAAUGAAGAAAAGGAAAGAAGAAAAGAAUGCGUAAAUGUGUAUUAGGGAAAAAAUGAAAUUGAUUACCAGUUCAUGAUAAAUUUAUUUAAUUUGUGUGAUUUUCUUCAUAAUUUCCUUUCGCUUUUAAAGAAAAUUCAUGAAACGUUUUGAAAAACAAUUAUUUUUUGAACUCGCUCUUUUUUUGCAUAACAUGUUCAUUAUAUUUAAUGUCAUUAACUUUAAUAAAAAAUAAAGUUGAAUUGAGCAUUGAA